UCUUCAACAAAUUUAUUUCCUCUCUCUUCUCCUUGAUCAGUUCUCAAGAAGAUGGCUGUCUCAGCCGACUGCCGGUUUUCGGUCUCGGCUGCCACCCAGUUACGAGGAACGUUCCCUACUAGGAACUUGAGGCUUGUGGGGUUCUGUAAAGGAGACUUCAUGGGGAAGAAGCUUAACAUGAAGCAACUCCGUCGACAAGCUCAAAGUAAGAAUGUCAAGCAAUAUAUUUGCAUGUCACUCACUACUGAUGUGCUGGGCGAGAGUAAGCUGAGGGACCUAGAGAUGGAAAAGCUGGAUGCAAGGACAGUUGUGGCAGUUAUUUUGGGAGGAGGUGCCGGCACUCGUCUCUUUCCUCUCACCAAGCAACGGGCCAAACCAGCAGUAAGUGUCAUUGCAGGAGAAAUGGAGAUCUGAACCUUGAACCUCAUGAUUCUUCAGGUAUUGUGCUUAGGACAAUGUUUCAUGCUUUGUAGGUGCCAAUUGGAGGAGCUUACAGGCUGAUUGAUGUGCCAAUGAGCAACUGCAUUAACAGUGGUAUCAACAAGGUUUACAUUCUCACUCAGUUUAACUCGGCAUCCCUCAAUAGGCAUCUCUCUCGUGCUUACAACUUCGGCAAUGGACUCAGCUUUGGAGAUGGCUACAUGGAGGUGCGUUUCUGAACUGGUAAAAAUGUCCAGAUCUGUGUCUUAGCAGCAUGUAAAAUGGAAGACUUUUCUGUUUGAAAUUAGGUCUUAGCAGCCACUCAAACUCCAGGACAGGCUGGUAAAAGUUGGUUCCAGGGUACUGCAGAUGCUGUGCGACAAUUCCAUUGGCUUUUUGAGGUAAUCGAAAUGACCACAGUUUCUUGAACCCCUGAAUCUUGAAACCCAAACAUAACCAAAAGCAUAUUAUAUAUUCCUGCACUGCUGCAGGAUGCAAGAAGCAAGGACAUAGAGGAUAUACUGAUUUUAUCCGGGGAUCACUUGUACAGAAUGGAUUACAUGGACUUUGUUCAGGUAUGGUCACUGAAUUUGCUUAUACAUUCACUGUUACCAAGUCUCAGAUUGUCAGAUCUCAGUAUUUCUUUCUUCAUUCACAGAAUCAUCGGCAGAGUGGCGCAGACAUCACAAUUUCUUGUCUGCCAAUUGAUGACAGGUAGAUGAUCAUUUUGAUCAUUAUCAAGAAAAAAAGUGGCCCUCAUCUUUUAUAUAUCUCUACUAAAUGAUGGUUCAUUACCUUUGCUGCUGUUUUUUCUGAUAGCCGUGCCUCAGAUUUUGGUCUCAUGAAGAUAGACAACAAAGGAAGGGUUCUGUCAUUCAGUGAAAAGCCGAAAGGACAGGACCUGAAAGCAAUGGUAAUACCCUUUAAAUCCCUGACGGACAUUGCUUUCA